CGCGCAUGCGCAGAUCAUUCACCUUGUGACCUCCAUUGCCAUUGGACAGGGUUAAGAGGAGCUCGCCUCAUUCACAGUCCCCAGAUUUACUCAGCAAAGCCUCUCUCCUCUCUAUUUUGAUAAUGUCUUGGGACUCGUAUCUCGAUAAUUUGAUCGGUCAUAGUAAAGACGCUAGUGGUGCUGCUCAUGUAGACAAAUGCUGUAUCAUUGGGCUCGACGGAGGGGCUGGUUGGACCACUGCUGGCCAUGCUAAUGCCUUGAAAGGUAGCCCAACAGAAUUUGCCAAUAUAGCUAGAGCUUUUAAGAGUAAAGACUUUUCAGUUUUUCAGGCAAAUGGUGUCAGAGUUGAGGAAACAAAGUACCAAUUUUUACGUGAAGAGGAUGGUAAGACAGUGUAUGCCAAGAAGAAGGAGCACGGAGCUCUUACAAUGCAAGCAUCGAAAACGGCUAUCGUCAUAGGCCAUUGUCCUGAGGGUGGACAGCAAGGCAAUACUAACAAAGCUGUCGCUGUCAUUGCUGAAUAUCUAGAAUCACUUGGUAUGUGAAUGGAAGGGAAAAGACUGUCAUCUAUUUAGCAGUUUGUAUAUGUUUAUUAGCAAUAUCAAGUAUGUUACAUUCAAUUUUUGGAACUUUUUUUUCUUUUUUUUAAGUAGCGGUUUCUAUUUUUUGUGCUAGUGUACAUUUAAACUUAAAAGAAACUUAAUUAUUAUUAAUAUGUGUUAUUAUUCAAGCUAUGAUUAAUAAUUUAUUGUCUUGAUUCUGUUUUUUUUUUUGAGAGAAGAUGGUUGUGUGGUUUUAUGGAA